CACGUCUGAUUAAGUGACAGUUCUCAAAGGUGUUUUUUCUGCCUGAAACAGAAGAACUGAGAAGCAGAAAAGAAGUCAGAGCAAUGGAAAACUCCCUCUUGCAUACGUUUCUUUUAGUUUUCCUCAGUGGUGUGCUCCUUUUUGGAUCUGGAGAGAAAAACUCUUCAUCUGAAGGUAAGAAAGCCUGUCUCAAAUUUAGAAAAAGGGAUAAUGAACAGACCAAGAAAUAUAUCAAUAGACAAGGAGAGCAACAUUUAAAUCAGCUUUCAGAAACUGGUACUCUUCAAAGGUACUGGAUUCCUGCCCUCAUCACUUGGCAGUAAGCACGGCUACACUAGUGUAGUUUGGAUUAAGGAAGAGUAAUCCUUCUGAGGGGUAUUGUGGUGAUGCUGUUUUAGUAGGCAGCAUGCUCAACUCCUAGCUAGAACACAAUUCUCAAUACCCAAAAUGGUUUAGGAAAAACUCAGGGACAAUCAGAUUCAUGAUUUUCCUAGGAAACCUUGAAAAGAGAGAUUGCAGCACAGACUGGUCCCCUUCAUCGGGAUAAUCAACUGGGAUCACCGUAAACCAAAUUGCUACUUAUUUCAUUCCAAAUUCCUGUGUAUUAUGACAUCACUCAAACAGCAGUCUCAAUUCUUCAUGAUGGGAAAUAAAGCCAUGGAUCAUAGUAAAGCAAUUCAUGCUUUAGUUAGCUUUUUAUUUGAAAAAAAUAAUCACAAAGAAGAAUAAAAUUCAGCUGCAGAAAAGAAACACUAAGAGGAAAUACAUCUGUCAUGAAUAAGACUUGAAGCCUAAAUGCAGUUAGUCAUCCUUUAGCUCCAUCUAUCGCUUAAAAAUCAAAUGGAACAAGCAGAUUUCCCCAUCUGAAAAAUCAGGUGGCGUUAGGCCUUACUUGAGAAGUGGAAUUUUAAACAUUAGGUACCUCAUCCAAGAAUGCUCCAUGCUACAACAGAUCUUGCUUCAUGGCAGGUUGGCACCAAAACCAGGAAAGGACAUUUUUUUAUGUUAUUCCCAGGCAUUGUUUAAAGUCAAAAUGUGAAAGAACUAUUUGUCCAGAUACUAUCAAAGAGGAAAGGAAGCCUGUGCUUCUGGAAGAUGUCCCAAGUACAGCAGCCUUCAUUGAUGGAGCUGAGGUGGCAGUUGUUGGAUUCUUUGAGGAUUUAGAAAAACCAGAAGCCUUAGAGUUCCUUACCAUGGUAAAACAUAUACCAGAUGUACCAUUUGGAAUCUGCACCAGUUCUCAAGUUCUUUCUCAUUAUAAUAUCACCCAAAAUACCAUCUCCCUCUUUCGUAUGGUGGAUAACAAAAGGCAAGAUUUGGAAAUCCAAGACGGUAACAAAGUUGAUGUUGCAAAGUUGAGUCGCUUUGUCCGGAUGAAUGAACUCCGUUGGGUGACUGAGUACAAUCCCAUGAUUGCAGUCGGCCUCUUUGAUAGUGCAGUUCAGACCCAUCUUCUUCUGUUCAGUGACAAGACUUCCCCACUACAUACUGAGAGGAUUAACAAGUACCGUGAAGCAGCAGUAGCCUUUCAAGGCAAGGCUCUAUUUAUCCUGGUGGACAUCAGCAUCGAGGGUAAUGAUCGGGUUCUGUCUUAUUUCCACUUAAAGAAGUCCCAGCUACCUGCCCUGGCUGCCUACUACACUGCAGAUGACGAGCAGGAUGUGCUGCUUCUGGAUGAAGUCUCUGUGGAGAGAAUAACUGAUUUUUGUAAUGCCUUCUUGGAGAGAAAGGAAGAAAAAAAAACGUCUAAACCAGAGGACAACCUUUUCAGAGAGGAACUCUGAAUUUUUUUCAGCUCCAUAACAGAAAUAUGACAACUGCAAUUACUGUAAUCAACAGCAACCUAGAAAAAUGUCUUCUCUCUAUGAGGUUGUCAUUUAGAUCUGGAAUCAAUUUCCAGACAAGUGUUAACUCAUUCUCAAACCCUGUGUUUGUUCAUUUUAAUUUUGGAGACAUUACAUACUUUUUGCAUUAUACUCUGAAUAAAUUAUAUUAUAUGGCUG